AUGGCUACCCCUAGUGUCCUCGCUUUUGACGCUGAGGGUCGAGCCAUUGACUUUGAGGUCUGGGUCGAUGACCUGCAGCUGUUUUUACAGUGCGAUAGGGCGGACAGUCUUUCUCUCUUUGACCUCACCUCUGGCACCUCCCCUGCUCCUGCUGCUGAUGCUGACCCCACUGUUCGCUCUCAGUGGGCCACCCGCGAUGCUGCUGCACGUCUUGCUGUGCGUCGCCACCUGCCUACCUCUGAGCGUGCGCACUUUAGUCAGUACAAGAGUGCUCAGACCUUGUACGACGCUGUAGUUGCGCGCUACUCUUCCCCUGCCACUGCUGCACUCAGCCGCCUCAUGCUACCGUACCUCUUUCCUGACCUUGCUGCCUUUCCUACAGUCGCUGACCUCAUCACGCACCUCCGCACUUCUGACACUCGCUACCGCGCCGCACUUCCUGCUGAGGACCACUUCCUCUCAGUCUGUCCCACCACCCUCACUGUCGACCUCCUCGAGAAGGCCCUCCUAGUGGCGGAGAAGAGCAUAGUCGCUGUAGGAGCCUCUCGUGGUGACCCGCGCACCCCCAUCUUUGAGGGGUGUUCUCCUUCCCCCCUGCUGCCCUCUGUUGCCUCUACUGCUGCUGCCGACCUGCUUGGUCUUGAGUCGGUCGGCGCGGCGUCUGCCCCUAGCGGGAGACGCCGCCCUGGCAAGGGCAAGAAGGGCAAGGGCGCGGGUGGUGCUGGCGGGGGCGGUGGAGGUAGCAGUGGCGGUGGCGGAGGGAGUGGGGGUGGCGGUGGGAGUGGUGGUGGGGGUGGUGGUGGUGGUGGUGGCAGCGGAGGCGGCGGCGGUGGCGGCGGCGGCGGUGGGAGCGGAGGCGGCGGUGGUGGCGGAGUUGGAGGCGGCGGUGGCGGAGGAGGUGGAGCCGGUCGGGGUAGUGCCCCGCAGCGGAGCGGCUCUGGUGGUGGUCAGCGCCAGCAGCAUCAGCGUGGUGGGGGUCUUGGCCCGUGCACCUACGUUCUUCAUUCUGGCGACCGCGCGGGUGAGCACUGUGGGGGUGCCCACUCCACCCAGCGCUGCUUUGGCCGCCUGACGGACGCUUGGCGUCAGCGGUUCCCCGAGGCUAGUGAGAUUCCCCGCUGGGGAGAGCUGUCUAGGGCUGGCGUAGCGAUCUUUGAUCUUGACUUUGAUGCUAUCCUUGCUGCCAUGUAUGCUGUGACUAUUAGUGAUGAGGGUGACUGUUACCGGUGUUUCCCGCCCGACCCGGGCAUUGGUACUGCUGUGCUAGGUGCUUGUGAGGCUACUGCUCUAGGUGCCAGUGCGUCUGCACUCUCAGGUACUGCGUCGGCUUCGGCCUCCCUCACCUUCACACUUGACUCAGGGGCUUCUCGCUCCUUCUUUCGAGACCGCACCACACUCACGCCGCUUGGUCGGCCGGUUGCAGUCUCCCUGGCUGACCCCUCUGGGGGUCCUGUCCUCUCUCACUUCUCCACUGUCCUCCCGUGUCCGGCUGCCCCCUCGGGCACCCUGUCGGGUCUGUACCUCCCCUCGUUCUCGACGAACUUGGUAAGUGGUGCUGACCUGCAUGAUGCGGGGGUUCACCAGUUUACUCCUGCGAGUCAGCGGGUGACCCACUGCUCGGACGCCCGCACAGGCCGACACCUAGCCACGUUUUCGCGUCGGCCCGGGUCGAGUCUGUAUACCCUGACCACUGAGUCUCCUCCAGUCCCUGCGUCUGGCCAGGUAGCUGCGUCGGGUCACGUGUUUGCUGCUGCGUCCAGGUCUGGUCCUGAGUCUGCCCCCUGCUCGUGUCGCCUCCUGUCUCACGAGACUCUCUUGUGGCACCACCGUCUUGGCCACCCCUCCUUGCCUCGUCUUCAAGGCAUGGCUUCCCGUGUCCUUGUCUCUGGUCUCCCCCGGUCUCUCCCUCCCCUUCCUUCGGGGCCAGGACCUUCCUGUGUCCCCUGUGUCGAGGGGCGGCUCCGGGCUGCCCCUCACUCCUCCCAGUUUCCCCCGACAGAGGCUCCUCUGCAGACGCUUCACAUGGACGUGUGGGGCCCGGCCCGCGUCCGUGGACAGGGUCACGAGCGCUACUUCCUGCUGGUGGUUGACGACUACUCGCGUUACACCACAGUCUUCCCCUUGCGCAGCAAGGGUGAUGUCACUGAGGUGUUGAUCGACUGGAUCCGCGCAGCUCGUCUCCAGCUCAGGAGGAGCUUCGGCUCGGACUUUCCUGUUCUGCGUCUGCACUCUGACCGAGGCGGAGAGUUCUCCUCUGGCCUUCUGCGAGCCUACUGUCGUGCACGAGGCAUCCGCCAGACCUUCACGCUUCCGGACUCUCCACAGCAAAAUGGGAUUGCUGAGCGCCGCAUUGGCAUGGUCAUGGACGUCGCUCGUACGUCCAUGAUGCAUGCGGCUGCUCCCCAUUUUCUGUGGCCGUUUGCGGUUUGGUACGCGGCGCAUCAGCUCAACCUUCACCCCAGGGUCUCCCGGCCGGAGACCUCCCCAGCUCUGCUGUGGACGGGGAAGGUUGGCGAUGCGUCUGCGUUCCGUGUCUGGGGAUCUCGGGCGUUUGUCCGCGACUUGUCUGCGGACAAGCUGUUCCCUCGUGCUGCUCCCUGUGUCUUCCUAGGCUUCCCCCCUGACGCCCCAGGGUGGCAGUUCUACCACCCCUCCUCUCGUCAUGUUCUGUCCUCCCAGGACUUCACGUUCGACGAGUCCGUCCCCUUCUACCGCCUCUUCCCCUACCGCACUCCUUCCCUCCCCCCGCCACCGCACUUCCUUGUGACAGGUCCCCCCCGGGUAGACCCCCUUCCCCCUCAGGGUCCUGCCCCUUCAGGUUUGUCCCAGGUAGAUGCAGUCGAGCCGGUCGAGGUUGCUGGUGACUCAGGUACUGCUGGGGGUGCUGAGCCUGGGGGUUCUGAGCCUGGGGGUGCUGAGCCUAGGGGUGCUGACUCUAGGGGUGCUGCGCGCGUGGGUGCUGAGCCUGGGGGUGCUGAGCCUGGGGGUGCUGCGUGUGGAGCUGCUGAGCCUGGAGGUGUGGAGCCUGUGGCCACUGGACCUCCCCUUGUGGCGUCUAGCGGUGCUGGGCCUGGGAGUUCUCCGGGUUUUUCGUCUCGGCGGGAGCCACUCUCUCCACAGGAGCUGCGUGAGUGGUUUGCUCGCCGCUGGAGGCGUACUGCUGGAGCUGGCGCUUCUUCGGCCGCUGAGGGUGCUGGUGCCGCCGGUCCCGGAGCUCCUGGGCCUGCGGGUCCGCCUGGAGCUGGAGUUGCUGAGGGUGUUGGUUCUGAGACUACUACUGUCCGUCCUGGUGGUGGUCUUGCUGCGGGUGUUGCUGGUGCUGCUGGAGGUCCUGCCGCUGGAAGUGCUGUUGGCGCUGGUGCUGCCGGAGGUGCUGAGGGUGCUGGUGCUGUCCCUGCUUCACAGUUAGAGCCUGCCUCCCCACUGCCUGCUCCCUCUCCUUACACUGGUCCUACUGGAGGUCUUACUGAGCGUCGUGACCCUGCGUCUCGUCCCGCGUCGCCUGUCCGUACUGCUCGCGCUAGUGAUCGUGGUUCGCGUCAGCGUCCUCCUCCUGUCCCUGGCACGCACCGGAUGUCUCUGAGUCCCUCCACUGCUCCUCUGCGUGCCCCUUUGCCUUCUCCUCCUGAGUCCUCUCUUCCUGCGCUUGCCGACCCGGCGUCGGACUCCCUUCGUGCUGCCUGUCCUACUGUCACGCGUCUCCUUGCUACUGUCGUCACUGACCCCUCUUUUGAGUCCACUGCUGCGUCUGCUCUUGUUGCUGAGCUCGUCGACUUUGCUGCUCGCUGUCGUCUGGACUACGCUGCUAGUCUUGUUGCUGAGUCUGCGUCUGCCUGUCCUCCGUCCGUCGGGGGUGAGUGUGCUCUUGGCACGGACGUCCUUGAGGACAGGCAGGAGGAGUUUCAGUGUCUGGCUGCUGCUUCACCUCAUCUCACGUCUAUACUGCUUGCCCCUGAGGGAGACCCGGAUGCACUAGACAUCCCGACUCCGCGCUCUUACGCGGAGGCCGUAGAGGGUCCCUACUCCUCUCAGUGGCAUGCAAUUAUGGAUGCAGAGAUGGCUUCCUGGAAGUCCACAGGCACCUACGUUGACGCGAUUCCCCCUCCUGGGGCGAACAUCGUCAGUGGGAUGUGGAUCUUCAGGGUGAAGCGGCCGCCGGGCUCUCCACCUGUCUUCAAUGCGCGGUACGUGGCUCGUGGCUUCAGUCAGCGGCAGGGAGUUGACUACUUUCAGACCUUCUCUCCCACCCCGAAGAUGACCACUCUUCGGGUGCUGCUGCACAUAGCCGCUCAGCGCGACUACGAGCUCCACUCUCUUGACUUCAGCACUGCUUUCUUGCAGGAUAGCCUGCACGAGGAGAUCUGGCUGCGCCGUCCACCUGGCUUCACUGGGACUUUCCCCCCUGGCACCCAGUGGAGCCUCCGACGGCCAGUCUACGGUCUCCGCCAGGCACCGCGUGAGUGGCACGACACACUUGCGGCUCUUGGGUUUGCUCCCUCUACUGCUGACCCGUCGUUGUUUCUGCGCACCGACACUUCUCUGCCGCCGUUCUACAUCCUCGUGUACGUCGACGACUUGGUCUUUGCCACAGCGGACACUGCUGGACUCGCCUACGUGAAGUCCGAGCUGCAGAAGAGACACACGUGCACAGACCUGGGUGAACUGCGUAGCUACCUUGGCUUGCAGAUCACUCGGGACAGAGCACGCCGCACCAUUACCUUGACUCAGUCACACAUGGUGCAGCAGGUCCUUCAGCGCUUCGGCUUCACGUACUCCUCGCCACAGGCCACUCCUCUGUCUACUCGCCACUCGCUCUCAGCUCUGCCUUCGGAUGAGUCCGUAGAGUCGAGUGGCCCGUACCCAGAGCUUGUUGGCUGCCUCAUGUACCUGAUGACCUGCACACGACCUGACCUUGCAUACCCUCUUAGCAUCUUGGCACGCUAUGUUGCUCCUGGGAGACACCGACCAGAGCACAUGGCUGCAGCGAAGAGGGUGUUGCGCUACUUGUGCAGUACGUCGGGCAUGGGGCUAGUGCUUGGAGGGCGGAGUCUAGUGGUCCUCACUGGGCACGCGGACGCUUCUUGGGCUGACGACCAGGCUACUCAACGGUCGUCGCAGGGUUACACCUUCAGUCUUGGUUCCGGCUCUGUUUCGUGGCGGGCUACUCGCUCGUCUUCUGUUCUCGGCUCCAGUUGUGAGGCUGAGAUCUACGCCAGGGCCAUGGCUGCUCAGGAGCUUUGCUGGCUCACCUACCUGCUGACUGGCCUUGGAGAGCCGCCUCGUUCUCCUCCAGUGCUGUACGUAGACAACAAGGCCAUGCUGGCCUUGUGUCGAGAGCAGCGCAUGGAGCACAGAACGAAGCACAUUGCUCUCCGCUACUUUCUUGCUCGUGAGCUGCAGCAGCGUGGUCAGUUGCGACUUGCGUACGUGGCCUCUGAGGCCAACACUGCUGAUGUUUUCACCAAGGCACUUCCGCCUUGUGUUCAUCAGCGCUUCUGCACUCAGCUGGGACUUGUCCCAGUCUUGCCUCACUUGCUCACCUCUUGA